AUGGACGAAGUGCGCAGCCUGCUCGUCCGCAAUGCAGAGCUCCAGACCGAGCUCCGGCUGGUCAGAGAACAACUCUCUCAGGCCAACAACGCGAACACGUACAUCCUCCAACGGCUCAGCAGCAUCGGUGAGGACGGAGAGAACGAUGAGCAUCGGGAGGAAUCUCAAUUCCGAAACUUGCUUGCACUCACUCGUUCACGUCGAUCUGUGGGUUUCAAGAAGAUCCGCACCGGAUCCGCUGCACGUGGGUUGGAGAGGAAGAGCAAGACCACGGGAGAGGUUGCUGGAAGCAGGAGCCGAGCAUAUGCUGAGAGCUCGGGCAGUGAGGACGAAGAUCUACUUAGCUUCGAUGAAGUCCACCGAGAGGACAGCUCCGUGGCGGAUGUAGACGACGCGCCCAUCUCGAAGCAGGCUUCCAUCCUCGACGACUUCACGGCCGAAGAUCUGUUGCAUGGCGAGUCUAGUGGCGGCCAUACCCAAUCUGCUCAGCCUGUCGUAAGCCAGACUGUGUCCUCCGGAAAACUGACACAGCCUUUCGCGUCUAUCCAUCACGCCCCACAAGCUCCACGAAAUCAUGGAAACAGAAGGGAGGCUCAGAACAUGUGGAGCUUUGGGAGACCGGUUGGCGAGGCGGAGCAAGAUUCAGCCUGGAUUGAGAUACCGCCGUGGGUCCAACAGCGCCAUCAGGGAUUCAAUUUCACCCAUCCAGACGGCACCAGCAUUCGCACCGCGGGCGCUCCACCAUUGACUGAUGCACCUCCCGCAUACGUCCCCCCACAGCCUUCGCGCCCAUUUGCUGUCCGAGAGCACAACCACCUCAUGGGUCUCGCAACCUUCAUCGAAGAUAUGGACGCAGAACAACAGGCGCAGAAGUGGGUGGAAAUCGCACAGGAAUUCUCCCAGCGUACUGCGGCGGAGUAUGAAGCAUACUACAAAGAGACAGUGCGCCCAAAGUAUCUGGAAAACAUGCAGCAGCGACAAGCCAAGGCGAGCCUUGAGAACCCUUUCACCUCCACUUCGGCGGUGCAGACAUCUUCUACCGAGCAUGUUCAGCAGCCUCGAAUCGAAGAUUCCAGAGAUGCCGACGUGUCAUUUGCUUCUACGAUUGCGGUUGGUCCUGAAUCAAGCUCCCAAGAUUGUGUCGCUGGCAGCCAGUGCACAAGCCAAGAAGCAUUGGCGUGUGAAAGUCCCCUUCUCGCCUCGCAGGGAACCAUUGUGGGAGGCGGACUUGAGCGAUGCUCUGGAACAAUUGAAACACAGGUCGCGCCAGUCAAUGAUCUCGUCCAGCCAUCGUUUGUUGGUGUCAUUGGUAAACUGACCACUAAGGGUGGGCCAGUACAGCCGGGCCACAAGAUCCAGAACGAUGGAGACAAUCGUCAAGCGGCGUCCGUGGAGACGGGCACAACAAGCUCCAUAUCAGCUUGGAAGUCUUUUGCGUCUGGCAAGAGCAAUCUGGCCGACCGGCGGGACUCAGUCCAUCCACAACGACUUCCAUCGUCCCAAGUCGAGCCUGCGACAUCCAAGAGCGGCCUUGCGGCAUCCAUUCACGCGGACCAGCAAAUCGAUAUUCGAGGCGCGGCUGACAUUGGAGAAGCGAGAACCUGCGCGGGCGAAAGCAGAGCAUCUGCCACUGCACCACUGCAAGCGGACACGCAUCACGAGGCUCAUCUCGACAUUGAGAGGUUGCAGCGGAUCCCAGGGUAUCGCGGUACGAGAGCCAACUUUCCACUUCGUGGGCCAUAUCCAGAUGGUCCUCGGGGUGGAUCUCACGAGCAUCGUGAGUGGAGAAGGGGACCUCGCUUCGGGCCUCAGUCUUUCGAGCAUAUACAGGAACCUCGCACCUUUCCCGUCGACGAGACCGAGCUCUUUGCUCAUUCGGACGAUCCGCGCACCCGGCGAACAGUACUCAUUACCAACAUCCCGAUCAACAUUACCCUGUCCGAUGUCCUGGACAAAGUCAAAGGUGGCAAGAUUCUUUCCGCACACUACGCCGCAACUGCCGGAAUGCGGACUCAACCAUACAUGGAGACUAAUUCCGUCCUGGUGGUCUUCCUAGUCGGUCGCGAUGCUGCCGAUUUCGUGCGAUACAGCAACGAGAAAAAGUUCUUGUUUUUCUACUCCAAGAAAUGGGAAGCGCCGUUCAAGGCUACCGCCACGAUUCUCGACUCGCCGUCUCGGCCAAUUUCCCUUGCUGUGCAGCGAGAUAUCGGAGUGACGCGAGUCGUGUUCCUCCAUGGAGUUCCGCCGCAGGUGAGUGACCAAGAACUAGUGGACGAAUUGGCACUGCGACAUCCGAAUGUGAAGAAGCCUCUCAAGUCAGGGCUCGACGAGGACGGAAUCAUGUUCUUUGAGUUUGCAAGUAUGAACGAUGCAAGCGCGGCAUGGAAAGCACUGGGAAUCUAUUUCAAUGGCAGUGUUAACAGAGGUUUCCUGCGUGAUCCCUGCGACAUGCCGUUGGAUUGUAUCCCGAACGCCGUCUAUGGUGAGGAGGACGAAACAGACCAGGAAUCUGAGGCGGCAGAUGACAUGGAGGAACCGAAGAAUGGCGAAUCGGAGGGUCCAAGUGAGAUGAAGUCGCCAUUCCAGAGGUCGGAGGCUGAGGAGACGGCCAUGAUGCUCGAGGGCUGA